AUGCCAGAUGCGCGUGGUUUGUGGGACGUCCAGGCGGAUGGUACAGCAGCCCCUGUGAAGCUGCGUUCCCAGGAGCUUUGCGACGAGGCCACUGGUGCGACACUGCAAGAUCCGGUCCAAGUGGAAGAUUGGAAGCUGAAGCUGGGCUGUUCUCCGAUCCCCUUUGGAUCGAUUUGGUGA